AUGGAGGAAAGCUCCGGAGAGAGAGCUCCUUCCACUCCGCAGCUGCUAAACCUCAUCCGAGACGAGAGAGAAUGGAAGGUGAUCAGAGAGGCGGAAGAUGGAGGGGGCUCAUCAACAACCACAAGCCCUGAUGCCGAGGAGGACGACUACAAGCUUGAGCUGAAGCUCGGCCUCCCUGGUGCCCAAGAUGAUGAGAGAACGGCGCGGCCAGGAGAGGAGAUGGAACAACAACAGGAGGGCUGCACGGCACUCUCCCUUGGUUCUGGUUGCUUCCCAUCACAUUCCAAGCUCGCCACCAGCACUGGUGCUACUACCACCGGGGCAAAGAGAGGGUUCUUGGCAACCGUUGGUGCCAAAGCAGAAGGUUGUAAGCAGAGGCAGGAGGACAGGGAAGAGUGUGGGAAUGAGUUAUUAACAUUGGGAGGUGAAAACAUGGCAGGUGAGAGGAAGAAAGGGUGCUGUCCCCCAUCGUCGUCGCAUGGCUCGGCUGCUGCUGGGCCUGUGCACAGCAGCAGCAGCAGCAACCCCCACCUGACGAGAGGCGCUGUUCUUCCAGUGGUUGGUUGGCCUCCAGUACGGUCCUUCAGGAGAAACCUCACAAAUGCCAGCUCAUUUAAGCAAUCCCCUGAGCAACAAAACGAUGAAGCUUGUGACAAGGCGAAGCAAACUUGCAAGAGAAGCCCACUUAUCAAAAUAAACAUGGACGGCAUCCCCAUUGGAAGGAAAAUAAACCUCUCAGCAUACGACAACUAUCAGAAGCUUUCAUCUGCCGUCGAAGAUUUGUUUUGUGGCUUUCUUGAAGCAGCCCAGAAGGAUCUAGCCUGUUCUGGAGUUGGAAAGCAAGGAGCAGAAGAGAAAAUAUUUUCAGGGUUAUUGGAUGGAACUGGUGAAUACACUUUAAUUUGUGAAGACAGUGAAGGAGACAGGACACUAGUUGGCGACCUACCAUGGAAUGUAUUUGUUUCUACGACUAAGAGGCUGAGGGUUACGAAAAGCUCUGAACUUCCUCAUGGCCUGAUUAAAACUGUCUCUGAGAGGGCUGAUAACUGA